AUGGUGCGUCUCAGGCAGGCGUCGUCCCGCAGCCGGGAACGCUGGACCAGCCGUGCAGGGGCACGCGGGCUCCAUGCAGAGCUGGUUAUGACUUUAAUCCAGAAACUUCCCGUACCGGUGAUUGCCAAAGUAAAUGGCUUGGCUACAGCAGCAGGCUGUCAGCUUGUGGCAAGCUGUGACAUCGCAGUGGCAAGUGAGAAAUCUCAAUUUGCUACACCUGGAGUAAACAUUGGAUUGUUUUGCUCCACACCAGCUGUGGCCUUGGCCAGAUCUCUUCCAAGAAAGGUGGCACUAGAGAUGCUUUUCACGGGUGAACCUCUUUCUGCCCAAGAAGCGUUAAUGCACGGGCUUGUCAGCAAGGUGGUGCCAGAAGACAAGCUGGAAGAAGAGACCAUGAAAGUCGCUCACAAGAUAUGUGAAAGCAGCAAAUCCAUCCUGGCACUGGGGAAAGCCACCUUUUACAGACAGAUGACACAGGACCUCGAUACUGCUUACAAAAUGACCACUCAGGUCAUGGUAGACAAUUUGACUUUGAGAGACGGGCAGGAAGGUAUUGAAGCCUUUAUUCAGAAACGUAAGCCUGUCUGGUCACACUGUCAGGAUGAGAAGAAAUGAAUCUUGUUCCUAAGCUAACCUUAGCUGUGCUUUAUGAUUCUUAGGCAGUUGCCUUUGGGAACUACAUUUUUUGUUCUUACUGAAAGUUAAAUUUCUCUUCUUACGUAAUGCUAAAGGCACAAUAAAUUUAUUCUAAGUAUAUAAUAAAUGUUACGAAAAAUCAAACCAAAUGGGUUUUUUUU